UUCCCUACUUUUGUCAUUUAAAUAACGUGAAUGUAUACUUUCCAAGCUCUUACGAAACUCUCUACUCAUAUUCCGCAUCCACUUACUCAAUCAAUAGUGAAUCAAUGACAUCAUUGAUGAAAGAGUCCCUCAGCAUUGCGCAUUGCGCGUGUCUCACAUCCUCCGCGAGGUGAUUUCAUCUCUCCGACUCUCACCUUGUACACGUAUCUUUCUUCCUACACCAAAGAUGCCUUAAAUAGCUUCAAGACUAACGAUUUUCUGUCCAAUGUGGACAGAUAACUUCUUGAGUUAAAAAAUGCUCUGAGUUUUCCCAUCAGUUGGAACCAUUUUUAGAUGUGGAACGGAUGGUAGGAUGUGUCACGAGGACAUUUAUUUGACAGCCACAAAUAGAGUACAACAAGGUGCGAAAUACUGAACGACCUUCAGAGGAGUCGACUUCUUAAAGGAAUCUCUGUCAGGGCGCGUUCUAUUCUGCUCGAACGCAACUAAAAUUGCGCCUCUGAAAGUUAGCCGUCAAGUAUCAUAAAGACUUUUAAGACAAUAACAUUUGUGAGAGUGAAUUUGGUAUGUAACCCUUUAUAUUAAUUCAUGGCCGUUUUGUCGUUUUCACGCACAAUACUGAACAGAGAGAUCAGCGUACUGUUGCUAUGGUUACUUUUACAAGCGGGAUGCAAUUUCAGUUAGCCAACUUUUAUUUCGCGCGCUAAUGUGUGGCUUCAGAAACGUUGUUAGAAACCGUUUUUGAAACACAUAGUAUAUAUGCAGAAGAACCUACUUUGAAGAUUUAUUAUACUGAUUGUUUUGAAGACUUUUAGGGGGACUUCAAUCCGUAAUUAGGAAGGUCAGACCCUCUAAAGCUACCAUAAUUCGCAUCCUGCGGUACAGGUUGUGUAAGUUCAAUUGUAAAUGUUGGGCAGCCCUGAGCGCAGCACGAUGGGGAGUCGGUGGGGAGACUGUCCUCCCCGAGCUCUCUCUCACAGGAGAAUCUAGACGCUCCAUGAUCUCUCAGCAUGCCUACCUGGACGAACCGGUCCAACUGUUCCUUCAACUGCAGUUGGGACGAGAACGCGACAUACUGGGGAUUUGAGCACCCGGUCAACCUUUUCCCCGUUCCAGUGCUAACCGGGGUCACCGUCACCUGCGCGCUCUUCUUCUUUGUAGGUGUAACGGGGAAUCUCAUGACAAUUUUGGUGGUGACCAAAUACAAGGACAUGCGAACCACCACCAACUUGUACCUGUCAAGCAUGGCCUUUUCGGAUUUACUAAUUUUUCUCUGCAUGCCUCUGGACUUGUACAGAAUCUGGAGGUACCGACCUUGGAAUUUUGGCAACGUACUUUGUAAACUCUUUCAGUUUGUGAGCGAGUGUUGCACGUACUCGACUAUUCUGAACAUCACUGCACUCAGUGUGGAGAGAUACUUUGCUAUUUGUUUUCCUCUUAGGGCAAAGGUAGUCGUGACCAAGGGUCGCGUGCGCGGGGUCAUUUUGGUCCUUUGGAUAGUAUCUUUCUUUAGUGCAGGACCUGUGUUUGUGCUCGUCGGGGUUGAGCAUGAAAACGGGACAAACUCGUGGGAUACAAACGAAUGCAAAGCGACGGAAUAUGCCAUUAGGUCUGGUCUCUUAACCAUUAUGGUUUGGGUCUCCAGCAUCUUUUUCUUCUUGCCUGUGUUCUGCUUGACUGUACUGUAUAGUCUCAUCGGGCGAAAGCUGUGGAAGAGAAAGAGGGAGACGAUUGGGGAAAACGCUUCGAGUCGUGAUAAAAACAAUAGACAGACAGUGAAAAUGCUGGCUGUGGUGGUGUUUGCCUUCGUGCUCUGCUGGCUUCCCUUUCACGUUGGACGUUACCUGAUCUCCAAAUCCACAGAGAUGGGCUCUCCUGUCAUGUCCGUCAUCAGCCAUUACUGUAAUCUCAUCUCCUUUGUACUCUUUUACCUGAGUGCCGCAAUCAACCCUAUCCUGUACAACAUCAUGUCCAAGAAGUAUAGGAUGGCAGCUUGCAAACUUUUCGGACUGCAUCAUACCCCACGAAGAAGCACAUCAGUGGUCAAGGGAGAGAGUUCCCCGUGCUGGACGGAAUCCACUGCCAGCCUGUGACUCUGACAGACUGACUUUACCAUUAACAGCCAUUUCAGACCUCAUCUACUGCUGCCACCAUUUUGUAAGAUACUAGUUUCUCAAAAAUCCACAUGGAUAUCUCAUACAUUUUCAAACAGAUCAGGGAGUAGUUUAGAAAGAUUUGAUUCAUUAACAGCCAUUCGUCCAUUCCAAGCUCAACAUUUCAUUAGAUGCCUUGAGGUUUUAUAAAAAUAUGCUUGUAAAUAGAGACACAAAAAGGGAGAGGAAAAAGAUAACUUCAGUUGCCUUAAAUCUAAAUGAAAUCUGGAAGACAAGAUUAGCACUGUAGAUACAGCAACCUUAUGCACCCAAUGACAGGGACUGCAAAGGCGAUGCCGUUCAUUUGCAUUGUGCCUGAAUGCACGUCACGCUCCUUCAGCAAGUGUUGUCACAUUCUUUGUGUGUUCAUAAGGCUUGUCUCCAGACCUGAAGCAAUACACAGAAUUCAAAAGCUUCUGAGGAACGUUAAUUAAAAACAAAGAAACAAAAGUUUGCAUUGCAUUGGUGCAUUGAAGUACUCAAACAUCAUAAAAGCUUGCUUUUUUGUACUCAGUGUUUCAUGUGCUAAAUGUACUGAAUUACCCAGUUAUACAGAAGAGUUUUAUUUAAAACCACUGCAAUAAAUGUUGUGACAGUAUAUUUGUAUGUUACAUCCAGUAGUAUCUUUUGUGGAAACUGCAUGUGUCUUGUGUUCUAAAUGAUGUACAGUAUAGAAACGUACAUAUUUGUAUAUUGUAAAAUAUGUAAAUAUA